AUGAUUUGGACAACAACUGCGAUAUGUCAACUUUAUGAAAGUGAAAAGAACAACGAUAUUAUGAAAAAUAAUGAAAUGGGAAAAGGAUUUUUUUUAAUGACAAAUAGACUUACACAAGAUGCAUUGGAAAAUAUGUUUUUGAUAAAUCGUCAAAAAAAUGGGUUUAACAGAAACCCAACAGCAAGAACUUUUCGUUGCUCUUUUAGUCAUAGUUCAUAUAGCCUUAUGCAAUGUUCUUCAACAUGCAAUAAUUGCGAAGCGGAUAAUGAUGAAUAUAUAAUUAAUGCAUUAAAAGAUGUUGAAGUACAAAAAACAACAGAGUUGGUAGAAGUAGCUUAUGAAAAACAACCAGAAACUACUGAAUUUAAUUCAACAUCAAACUCCCCGUCAUUUAUUUCAAAAAGGCGGGUUGCAUAA